GGGGCCCUGUGGGCCGGGGGCGGGGCCGGGCGCUGCGGAGGCGGCACGCAGGACCGCGCGUCGGCGUCCGCGUCUGUGACCGUGACCGAGUCCGCGAGUCCGCGGCGGCCCAGGCGCCGACAUGGCGGGCUGUGUAGCCCGGCGGGCCCUGGCCGUGGGCGGCCGCUGCUGCUGCUGGUGGCCCCGGCCUCUGGCGGGGGCCCGGACGCCGCGGCCCCUCGCGACCUUUCCCCCAGAGCUCCCGGCCGCGGCCACGGCGCGGAGACACCUCUCGUCCCGAAACCGACCAGAGGGCAAAGUGUUGGAAACAGUUGGAGUAUUUGAGGUGCCAAAGCAGAAUGGGAAAUAUGAGACGGGCCAGCUCUUUCUUCACAGCGUAUUUGGGUACCGAGGGGUCGUCCUGUUUCCCUGGCAGGCCAGGUUGUACGACCGAGAUGUGGCUUCUACCACCCCAGAAAAGACAGAGAACCCAGCUGGCCAUGGCUCUAAGGAGGUGAAAGGCAAAACCCACACGUACUACCAGGUGCUGAUUGAUGCCCGGGACUGCCCACACAUAUCUCAGAGAUCUCAGACAGAAGCUGUGACGUUCUUGGCCAACCAUGAUGACAGUCGAGCCCUCUAUGCCAUACCAGGAUUGGACUACGUCAGCCAUGAAGACAUCCUCCCCUACACAUCCACUGACCAGGUCCCCAUCCAGCAUGAGCUGUUUGAAAGGUUUCUCCUCUAUGAGCAGUCCAAAGUUCCACCCUUUGUGGCCCGGGAGACCCUUCGUGCUUGGCAGGAGAAGAAUCACCCCUGGCUGGAGCUGUCAGAUGUCCAUCGGGAAACCACCGAGAACAUCCGUGUCACUGUCAUCCCCUUCUACAUGGGCAUGAGGGAGGCCCAGAAUUCCCACGUCUACUGGUGGCGCUACUGCAUCCGUUUGGAAAACCUGGACAGUGAUGUUGUACAGCUUCGGGAACGGCACUGGAGGAUAUUCAGCUUGUCAGGCACCUUGGAGACAGUGCGAGGCAGAGGGGUGGUGGGCCGGGAACCUGUCUUAUCCAAAGAACAGCCAGCUUUCCAGUACAGCAGCCAUGUCUCUCUGCAAGCCUCUAGUGGGCACAUGUGGGGCACGUUCCGCUUUGAGAGGCCUGAUGGAUCUCACUUUGAUGUCCGAAUUCCCCCCUUCUCCCUGGAGAGCAAUAAGGAUGAGAAAACACCCCCUUCUGGCCUUCACUGGUAGUGCAGCUCAGGAUCCACAUCCAGCCUUGGCCUGCCUGAAGAGUGACUUCCAUCUCACCAUGGCUGCAGAACAUUGGACUCUUCCUUCGCUUCUCAUGGGCUACCUUGGGUUUGGCGUCUCUUAUAGUUUGUUCCAUUUGGUUGGUUUUGGUUUUUUUUUUGGGUUGUGUAACUAUUUUCUCUAAAGACCCACUUUGGGCUCCUCUAAAACCAGCCUUCCCUGACGUGCUCGCACUAUGUUCCAGUAAACCUUCCCGAGCAGGAGCCCAACCUGCUUGGCUGCCACAGGAGACAGGAGGGAUAUCCCUCUGCCCAUUCUAUGAGUUGCUUCGGAGUGUGAGAUUUGGUCAAUAAAUCGGUGCACGCCUGGCCACCCUCUCCAUUUCUACAUCAUGGCACCUCUGCCCUUUCUGGCAGCAAAGAAACCACCAGAACGCCAGGCACGAUCUUUUUUUCCCAGCACCUUUCCCCCCGAGGAAGCUCCACUCUCCAGCUUGGGUCAUCAGUUAGAAUGCCAUCUGACCUGACCUUUGUUGCUAUGGAGUAAGUACGGAGCCAGGCAGAUUCUUUCCCAUUCUCUUCGGUCCCUGACAACAGCAGGAUGAGAGCGUGGAAGUCACGGAGAAGUCAACUUGCGCGGUGUUUAGACUCCAUGUCUACUUUGCUGAGAAAGGCUUUUGAGGACACAGGUCACCCCAAGCUGUCUGGGGAAGGUGACCCAUAGCUUCCGGUGGUAGGGCUGGUUAGCAAUUUGGAUUCCUGGGCCAGAAUUAUAAAAGGGGGUGAUGGAUGUAAUUCAAUUAAAUGAUUAGGAUCGACAGAACAGGCCCCAGGGGCCUCUGCUGAGAACUUGUUUUCUGUCUUGCCUGGAAGGUGAAGUGUUAUUUUUCUAAGUAAAGUAAAAGUAGGGUUGCCUCACCGACA